UAUAAACUUCGGAUUAUUUAGCAUGAAAUUCUUAAACAGUCACCGGGAAUGCGUUUAAAAAAAUUCUUACUACGGUACUAUCCACCAGGUAUGAAUGAUUGACGACCAGUCUGCUGUCUGGUUUAGCUGAAUAACCUAAUUACUCGCGUUAAACACUACUCUCUACUCAUUCCGAACAUUUCGGAACAAGUUAACUUAACAUAGUUAAGCUUGCGUUAUCUAUUCAUAUUGAGACAGUAAAAGCAAGUUUAACAACUCGGACCUAUCCAUUAUUUAAACUUAAGCUUACCGUUGGAUUGGAAAAGAGUCCUUUUCUUGUAACAUGAACAGUAACUAUUCAUGUUACAAGAAAAGAACUAAUCAGUUAAAAUAUGUCAACCUUAAACUAUUAACACAUGACAACAGUACCCGGGGUAUCCAAUCGAUGAAAUCGUUAAUCAAUGACAAUCAAUAUCAAUCAAUACCAAUGGAUAUUGAUAAUCGAUGGCCAAGAUUCCUAUGGUUAUCAAUUGGUAUUGAUUUUCAAAUAACAAUUGAUAGAUAAAUUGAUAUCAAUUGGUAUCGAUUGAAAGCAGAUUGACGGAAUUGGUGCAUAAAUAUCACAGGUUUGUACGCAGUUAUUGUGAACACAUUUUAAUGCUUUGAACGUUAACAGGAGAAGAAUACUCUCUUUUUUCUCUUCAACGGCCCCUCCACACUUUAUCAGUUUUCUUCUGACUGAAAGGAUCAAGCAUCAUAAUAGCAAAGUGAUUACUUUUCCCCAUUUCAAGAAUCUUAACACAGGUAAACUGAAAGAGACUCUCAGCAUAGCACCUUGGCAUGUUGACGAGAUGUUUCACUGGCGAGAUGUUUCAUUGUUAUGACUACUGAAAAAACUCCUGAGAACCAUUUUGCAGGAACAUUUGCCUAUGAAGAAAAUGAAAGUCAGGGCAAAAGAUGUUCCCUUUAUGACUUCGGGAUGGAAAUCUGCCAUAAGGGCUAAACGUAAGUUUGCCAAAAGGUACAGCCAAAACAAAACACCUCAAAACUUGGAACUCAAGAGGAAAUCGAGGAAUAAGGCCACACGACAAUAGCCUGUGUAGCGAGCGUUUCCAAUCGAGUUAUUGUGCUAAAGUUGGAGCGGAAGCAAAAAAAAAGUUGAAGGGGGAGGGGAGAAGAGGAAACGCUUGCCCGCAAACCCCACGAUUCUGGAAAACGCCCCUUGAUAUUUCACGGUUCGGUUCAUUUUGUAAAUUGACAGCUCGUCAAAAUACGAACAGAUCACCCCUGGAUUACCAGAUUUGUAAUAUUACUUUGUUCUUUAAUAGAACACGUUGCAGACGAUUGCAAGAACUGUAAUAAAAAAGAUUUACGAUAAAAGAAAGUUAAAACUAUGAGGUAUUGCUGCAGAAUUUCUUGUUUUUUAUUGUGUGGCACGUCAAAAAUGAUUUGUCCGGAACAAUUCACUCCGCCGGGUAUAAGUUUUGCAGAGCGGCUGCUCUUCAGCCUGUGUCGAAACGUUCUCUACAAUAGAUGCCGCUAAAUUUCCAAUAAACAAAAAGAAUCUUUUCAUUUCAAAAAGCUGACAAUUCGCUUGGUCAUGGUGGCUUUAGCUAGUGUCGAGUACCGAUGUUCUGAUUUAUGUUGAUGUUAUCUCAAACAAACAGUCCAUUUUUUCCAGUCGGAUCCUCACGCCGUCAUUCUCAAUAAAUUGGCCUUCCCUAGUCUCCACUGCUCGAUCUCAAAUUAUACUUUGAAGACUCUGAUCUCAUAAACCUUAGCACAAACACGAUUCAAAUAAAAUAAUAUCAGUUCAAAGCAUUUGUAAUCUGCGACCACAAAUCAGAUGAGACCAGAUCUGUGGCGCACGAAAACAAAGUAUACCUGGUUUGAUUGAUGUUUCGAAUGCUAAGUAAUCAACACUACCCGCACCGUGCCAAUCAGAAGCUGCGUUUGUGGGCGAACGCAGUUUUUCAAAAUCGUGGGGUUUGCGGGCAAGCGGUUCCUUCUUUCCCCUCCCCCUCCCCUGUCAUUCAUUUUUUUUUUUCGCUCUUGUCCCAGCUUUCUAGACGAACCUCGCGAGGAAAUGCUUGCUACGGAGGCUAACACGACAAAGGUGUAUAGCCAUAAAGCAGUACUGGAAGGAGAUAUCACACGAUCUGAAGAGUAAUCCAAAGAACUUUUUUCAAACUUUCAAAACCUUCUGGGACAGAGAGGACAAAGAGGAUAACAGGAAGAGAGAAAUACAUUUAUCCACUGAAGGCAAAUUGGAAAGAGAUAAGCUUGUGGUAGCAGAGCAUCUUUCUGAGUACUUUUCAUCCAUGGCCAAGGGAAUAGGAGGUGAGCAGGCAGAGGAUUUAACUGAAGAGGAUUUUAUUGAGCAUAGCAGUCUACAUCUCAUCUCUACCUACAUGUAUAUAGAGGAAUGAAACAAUCCCUUUUGUUUCGGACCAGUAAGCCAUCAUGAAGUGAAGGAUGCCCUUGAAAAUCUUAGUACACGUAAAGCAACUGGAUAUGAUGGCAUGCAACCCAGGAUUUUAAAAUUAAUAGCUGAGGAACUGGCUCCUUCACUAACUAGGAUUUUCAACACUAGCAUUGACAAGGGACACUGUUAUCUGAUUGGAAGAGAGGGGAAUGGGUACCAGUCUAUAAGAGUAAUAGCAGAGAAGAAGAAAAGAAUUACCGACCAAUUACAAUUCUACCAACUCUUGACAAGCUGUUUGAGAAAUUACUGGGUAAGCAGUUUACAGAGCACAUGGAUCCCAAACUUAGCAAAGAACAGUGGGUGCGAUACCACAUUACUGAGACUAAUUGAGAAAUGGAAGAUGGAUCUGGACAGUAGACAAGUUGUGGGAGUAUUAUUCUCAGACAUGAGUAAGGCAUUUGAUUCUGUUAGCCCACCAUUACUUAUUAAGAAACUGGAAUCAUACAACUUUUUAGGAUGUACCCUUAACCUUCUGUGCUUUUAUUUCUCUCACAGUCAAAACAGGAUCAAGCUGGGUUCUGUGACCAGUCAGUGGAAAAAUACAAUAAGAGGUUGUCCUCUGGGGUCUUUGUUUGUUCCCUUUUGUGGAACUCAUUUCAAAAUGAUCUUGCUUAUACGUGUAUAACUGAGGAGGAAAUUUCUACGUAUGCAGAUGAUCAUCAAAUCUUUGCCUCUGGCUCAUCGACUAGUAUCGUUGAGGUGAAGGUAGUAAGAUCACUAUAUGGUACAAGGAAAACCUGCUACAAGUGAAUGUUCAGAAAUAUCAAUCCAUGGUACUGGGUGCUGAAUCUGAGGCAAAUAAUAUAAACCUGCCUAUAGAUGGAGUUGACAUAGAACAAUUGAAAUCUAUCAAAUUGUUUGGUGUAUUCCUGGACUCUGAACUUAAUUUUAGUGAGCACAUUAGCUACAUUUGCAAAAAGGCUAGCCAACAGAUAGGAAUUUUAAGACGUCAAAGGAAACUUAUACCCACUCAUGGUAAGUUACAACUAUACAAAGCUGCCAUAUUGCCUCACUUGACUUACUGCAGUACCAUUUGUCAUUUCUGCAGAGCCUCAGACAAACGUAAAGUUGAAAGAUUACAGGAGAGAGCCCUUGGAGUGGUUUUCAACAAUGAGUCAGUCUCCUAUGACGAACUGCUGAGGCUGGCUGAACUCCCUUCAUUUGUCAACAGAAGGCUUCAGGAAAUUGCCAUUCUCAUGUUUAAAGGAGCUGUGUCACGAAAUUCAGCCAAAUUAGGAAAUUACAAAAUGCCCGUUGAAUUAAGAGAAACAUAAAAAUAACCGCUUAAAACUUUAAAGGAAGCUUAAAAUAACAUAACAGAAACAACAGAUGCUACGGAAGAGCAAAACUGAAGAAGAUUGAAACGGAUUGAAAUAAGGGUUAUUGAAACUGAUCAGCCUAACAGUUUUUCAAAGUUGAUCGCUGCUGCUUGCAACUUCAAAAAUAAUGCUCAGGAGACAUAUUUGUUUGUCUCGGAUCUCUGAUUUUGUCAUUUACCUGUAAUUUCUCUGCUUACUUUAUGUUCCGUAGCGAUUGAGGGCAAGUAAUUGGCCAAAUUAAACAAAAUGAACUGGACUGCCGUGACACAGCCUCUUUAAGGCAAAUACAGGAACUUUUCAUGCUGAAAGCAAACAGUGACAGGGGAGAUUCUUUAAGAAAUUCGUAUUUCAAUGUGCCUCAUUUUAAUACGAUUAAAUAUGGAAAGCAUUCACUAAGAUACUAUGGCCCUUUCCUCUGGUCGAAACUUACAACGGAAUUACGUGCUGAGGAUAGUCUGUGCAGAUUUAAGACUAAAAUCAGGAGAACAGACCUGACUGCCUUAAUCGAGGAUGGCUUUAGAAACUGCGUGCUUUGUAUUAAUUAACUUUGAGACCCUAUGUUACAUGUGCAAAGCAAAAUUUUUAUCCUGUUAUCAUAUGUUCGAGGUUGCUUGCCAAUCGAUAGCAAUCAGUGAACGGUUUUUGUGUGGUUAUCGAUUGAUCAUUGAUUGACCAAUACCAAUCGAUACCAUUAUCUAAUUUUAUCGAUUGAUCGGUUGGUUUUUAGAUCAUUGAUUUCCACUGAUUGGAUACCCCGGGAACAGUAGUGAACUAACUUCAUAAUAUUGAAGAUGAAUAAACAUUCUUACUUACGUCAAAAUUGUUACCCGUAUAUAUAGGACAUAUUUAACUCAUUUGGGGCUAUAAUUUAUAACUUAGUUCAAAUGGUAAAUCCAAAUUUAAAGGGCUUAAGGUUAUCACUUAUUUUUGAAAAUAUUUAUUACCUGGCCUCGGCCUUGUGUUCUAUAGCACUGCCCACACGGUCCAUAAUCAUUGUAAGAAACUCAGGGGAAAAGAAAACUUUGCCUGAUGACCAAGAUACCAAGGGAUGAAAGGGAGGGUACAGGGAUGCAUGGAAAUUUAUAGCAAGCAGGCGAAACACAGCCACAUGGGUCAGCUGAAUGAAAAGCUUGCUUGUAAUGCAAUAUACAAAAGCCCUGAAAACUUGGAAUGAGCCACCCCAUUACAAUGUAGUGGGGAAACCACCCACUCUCUGUGCAGAAAUAAGGUGUAAAACUUAAAACAAUCACAAUGUUGAUCCACAUGAUCAACUACUGGUGGUAAAGGUGUGAUUGUGGUGGUCUAUGUUGUCACUGUGGCAUUCAAACCCAGACAGAUUGGUGGGAGAUGACAGUGCCUCAUUCCUUAGUAUUUGACUUAAAAACCAAGUGCUGCAUUUUGAUCCUUCUUUUGUCAUUCUUAUAAUUAUUAUCAGCUUAUGUUCACAUGGCAGUGGGCAAAUUUUGACGGGUUGAAAAUUUGUGCAUUUAGGUGUUCCGCUCAAAAGGAACCACCAACUUAACUGUACUAAAACUUACACCUAGAAGAUAAAAAAUUUGAAUACCAUAAUGGAGGUCAAAUUUUUAGCCAGUACAGUAAAAAAUUUGACCGAUGUUGUGUGAAGACCUUAACUGCUUUUAAGUUUUUGUAUGGCAAAGGGUUAGUUGCAUGGAUUGUGGUUAUUCAGCUAGGUGAUGCCAUUUUGGAUUUGCUUAAAUAACACUCUGCUCAUGGGUAGAUGUUAAAAACAAUGAAAAAAAUAAAAUUUUAGCUGGUUCGUCAGGUCCUUAUGAACAGAGUGAACAUAUUGAACGGUUCUGUGUGAACAAAGUGUCCAGUCAAAUUAUUCAGCCAAUCCAAACUUCAUUCUUUGUGCAGUGGGAAUGGAACCUCAGUUGCUUAAUAGAGGUGCUCUGAAACUUAGCAUUUAAUUUAAAAAAGUAAAAGUAGAAUGCAAGAAUUGCACAGAUCAGACAAUACAGGUUUACAAUGAUUUUAAUGUUACCAAAAAACAGCAUCAUGAAAUUUGAUAAUAAUAUCUUGGAAUAUGAUGAUGUGAUGUCCUGACAUCCAUCCAAGCAACUUGACUUUUUAGAAGAUCAUGACUAUUGAAUCAGGCCCAUGAAGUGUGUAUCGAGAGUUUUAUUGUGUGGAUCCUCCUGAAAGAGACAUUUUCUCCUUUGGGUUGCCUUGAAUGUGUCAUAAACCAAGUCUGGUUGCCAGUUGGGCUUGCCCAUGCAGAGCAUUAAUUUUGUUCAUUGAUAUUUAUGUGUGUUUUAUAUACUGUUUGAAAAAAGUGCCCCUAAAGACCCUGCACUUUUACCAAACUCACUGAGUUUUUAUAGAAUUUAAAUACAUAAAAAUCAGCUAAUUGGGAGGUCUAGAGGGUGACUGUGCCAAUUGUAGAGGUCAAAUUUUUGGCAAACAAAUUCUGUUUGAUAUGUCACUUUACCCCUGAGUUCAAACCAUUUACUAUGAUGUUUAGUUAACCAAGCCCAUGCUCAUCAUUCAUGGCUUCUAAGACUGAUUUUUUGUCUCACUUACCUAGGUAUUAUCCUGGAGUAUGAGCAAUCUGGUGUAAUGAAGUCCAAGUCCAUAGAUUUGUUGGAUUUAAAGCCAUCGUGAGUUGAGUUAAUUAUUUCUAAGAAGAUUAAAGAAAUGUAAAUUAUUGGGUCAAGCAACUUUGGUCGAACUCAAACACUGCAUGGAAAUACUUCCCAAAGUCCCUCCUAAACAAUGUUGGAGGUCUAGAGCUUUUCAAUAUUGUAACUAAGACAUUGGCCACCUGAAUCAGACAAGACUUAAGGGUCUAACACACACAUAAAAAAGCUGUUGGCCUUGUCUUCUUCAUUCUUCUUUCAUCAGUCAAAUUGACGGGGCGUAAAAGAACCCACCCUACUAAUUAAAAAGAGUAGGAGAAGUUUCCCCUGUGGUGUGGGCUACCUUUCACACAUCAUGCAUCAUUUUUUAUCAUGGGCUAUGGGUGGGUUACAGAAAGCUCAUAAAUGGACUGAUAGCAGCUGCCACUGGCACUCUUGUAUGCUGACAUCCAAACUUACUGUCAAACAUGUUAUAAAUUAUAAAGAAAAUGUAAAGAGGGCGCUUCUUGUUUUCUUCAAAUUCACUACAUUCCAUUCCAUUCCUUUGAUUCUUUUCAUAACAAAUUCAAUGUAUUAAGAUGAAAAUUCUUACAAUACUUUGGCCUUGUCGAUGCCAUACCUUGAAGCUGAAAAAAAACCUCUUGAUAGCGCCAGUAAACAAAAAAAAAUUUACACUAUGUUUGUGUCUCUUUAGCCAACGUCUUUACUAGUGAAGAAAGACUCUUAAAUCGUCAUUACCUAAUAGAGGAUAUGAGUAAAUUGUAUCUAUUGCCCUUUGAGGCAACUAGGGAAGUACAGUUGAACCCGGCUUUACAGACACCCUCUUAAUACAGACACCUUGUUUUUACAAGCCCUAGCAUUUCAAAUCCCAUGGAAAACAAUUUUUCAGUUCUGUGCCUGGUAGUCUGGGAUCAGGCUCCACAGUGGGGGAAAAAAAGAAAAAAAAGGGGUCAAAUGGGAAAAAGUUCAUGAGUGAAGCAAGCCCAGUGGUGGGCUGGGAAUGGGGAAAGGGCGGCAUAGCCUGGAGACAUGCUUUGAUGCUGCCAUUCCAUAAUACCAGAUUGUGGAAUCAUGCUAGCUCUAGCUGAUUGGUCAAAAUUUAAUGUCUUCAUGUUGGCAGAUUUGUGGUGCUGUUGACAGUAUUGUGCUCUUUCAAUGUCAAGCUCCUACUAUUUGGGAAACAAUACAAAUUUCUUUGAGACUUUUUGUUCAUCCCUCAGUUCCAAGAAGAGCAAAAAAUAUAUCUGUGAUCGGUUAGAAGAAGAAAACCUAAGCAUUCAAAAUGUCAAGCUUUUCUGAUACUGUCCUGUGAUAAACAAUGGUCACAUUUACAAAUGAUUGACUCAUAAACCGAUAUUCAAAAGGAACAGCAUUAUAAUCACGUUCCUACCAAAAGCAUGAUAAAACCCCCAAAUCAGUUAAUAUAUGCAAAGAAUGCAUGUUGCGUACAGCUAAGCCUUGUGCUCCAGGGACGCUUAAACCACAACUGUAGAGAGAUACCCUGUGAGCAGUUGUUUCUGUCUUGCAUGGCUGUUAGCAUUUACAAAGUCUUUCUUGUCGCUUGUCAGUUGCAGAGUCAACAAACCAAAUACUCUUCUAACAAGUGACAUGAAUGACUUUGUAAAUGCUAAAAGUCAUGCAUGCAAGAAAGAAACCUCUGCUCGCAGGCUAGUACAAAGAUAACAGCGGUUGAGGAAAAUUAGGGAAAUAAUUAUUACUGACUUUUAAAUGAUUCUGAGCAGACAAAUAAUUUGAACCAUGCUUCAUGGAUUAUGAGCAUCAAAAUGAGCAAUAAACCAAUGGCACAGGAAAAACCCAACUGUCUCUCAAUUAUACCUUAACUUGAACCACUUGAAUAGGAGUGAUCCACACAAAGUGUUUAAAUGAGUAGGAAGCUUAAACUUUGGCAUUGAUAUUUGCUAUCAAAGAGCAGGGGCGGAUCUAGGGGGAGGGUGCGGGGGUGCACACCCCCACCCCCUGAGAUGACCUGCGGUUUUCUAAUACAACUGGUAUUCUGCAAAAAAAAAACUAUCUGGUUUAUUGGUGUUGAAGUAGAGCAAGAGAUGAGUGCACCCCAUCCUAAAAAAAAUCCUGGAUCCGCCCCUUAAGAGCUAAAAAUAAAUUGUAUGGUGAUCAAAACUAAAAUAAUUAAUGUUAAGGACUUAUUUGUUAUAAUUUAUGGCUGUAAGCCCAUCUCAUCUACAAAUAUUUUGGAAGGUUUAAAUAUAGCUUUUUCAGAUGUCCAUGUCAUUUGUGACUACACAAGUGAAGUUAAAACGCCUUUGUAAAAAUAACUUACAUUUCAUCACUGACUUCUUCUUUUUUAGAACUGAUGUUGAUAUGCUGCUUGAUGAUAUUGUUUCCAAGGAACCUUUGAUUACACCUUCUAAAAUGGAGCAAGUUAGGAAGCUGAUUAUUAGUAUCCUUUAUUUUUGCUUCUUGUACUGUAUCAGUCAAUGUAAUUUUUUAAUAUUAUCUUUUUCCUUUUUUUGACACCUUAAAGUCAAUCUUACUGUGUUCAGAAGCCAUGAGUAUUCACAGUGAUGUCGGUACUUGAGUACUGAUACUGGUCUCUUCUAAAGUGCAAAACAACUCAUUACAACAACAUUUUAUCUUAAUGAAUCGUUUGUCAAGUGAAUAAACUUUUUUAACAGCAUAGGACCAAGCUCUGAAGUGGGGGAAAAGGCAAAAAACAGGGUGAAAUGGCAGAAAACGUUUGGCAAGCAAAGUGAGCCAAGCAGUUGAUUGGGGAAUGAAAAGGUAGCACUAGCACACUUCCCCCCCCCCCCCCACCCUCUCCACUGCCGACCUGCUUGUCACAAAAAUGUUUUUUUUUCUCCCACUGUGGAGCCUGCUCCCAGGCUCUCUUAACAUGUGACAUGGAAAAAAAACAACCUCAGGUUAGUCUCACCAGUCAUGUUUAUAUAUAACUUGUCUUAAACGCAACUUUCAGAGUGUAGUAUAGAGAUAUCAUAAAAAAAACUUGCAUUAUUUAUGAAAAAGAGAAGAACAGCGCCCUGAAAAACUGUUGCCCAACUGUUGACCAACUGGCUGCUGCAGUGGCUCUGGUUGCUGCGACAGCUCUCAGUGUGCUGAUUGGAGCUCUUGCUUUAACCCAGCAAUAAUUUUUGUGGCCUCACCAAGGCCCUUUUCUAGUGUCUUAAUCACCUCUCAGUUUGUGGUUACCGGGUCAGCCCGCUCUUCGGCAUCCUUUGCAGCAUCAUCACACUCUUCCUUCUCUCCCAACUUGCAUGCAAGAUCCUACAUUUAUCGCUUUUGGUAUUGGAAGGCUUGCCUCAGUCUUUGGGGGCCUUUUACCAAGCUUUAAUUUGUACUGUGUAACAAUUGUUACCGGUGUAUCAAGCAGGAGAACAAGAGACAAAAAGAAGAGAGCACUCCAAGAUGGUGGUUCAACAGCAACUCUGUAAUUCAUGAAAACUAGGCCACCACAUGACCGUUUACAAUUUACCAAUAUUGUCACAUACUGCUUCUGCAACUAGGGUUAUUGUCUACUGCUUUGUUUCGUGAGUGUUUGUUGGUCUGGUCUUGUGGUUGACAGUUUUGCAUUCACUCUGACAGUUAUCACCACCGCAGCAGGGAAACUAAGGCAACACAAUAAUGCCUAGGACAAUAAUAGCAACAAAACAAAGAAAAAUGUGAAACUUAGGUACUUACAUGAGGUGGUUUCCAAGUGUUAAUUACUGUUGCCCUUUGGGGCACAAAUUUAACCAAAGAUAAACUCUUUGUGGCUGCAAUACGCCUUUUGCAAUAGUUGGUCACGUGAUCAACUUUCUGUAAACACGAAAAUAGUUUGCUUUUGGAAAAUUUUGUUCGCAGGAACUGAUAGAGCAUAUUAAAAUAAGGUAACCUGUAAAUUUUCAGCCAUAUAUCUCACAAGAAGCAAUAAUGCAACGGCCGCCAAAAAUUAGAAGGAUUUGUGUGAGAAAAACAACUCUUGCCACCCAGUUACACUUGAGAGGUUUCCAUACAAAUCCUUGUAAAUUUUGAAAUUUUUAAACUCUCAUUAAAUCUUUCCCUUGUGCAUUUAAUGGCUCAAAUUGCCUGUCAUGAAUUAAAAAAGAGAUUCGAGCCAAGUAAUGUUUAAGAAAAUAUUUCACAGCAGUUUGAAAAAUGUCGAAAUUUACAAGGAUUUGUGUGGAAAACGAUUCGUGUGACUGGGUGGCAAGAAUUGUUUUUCCCGUACAAAUCCUUCUAUUAAAUUUUGGCGGCUGUUGCAAUCGCUACUUUUGAGAUAUAAGGCUGAAAAUUUACAGUCAGUAUAAAACAUGGACUGUGGACCAUGGCCAUGGACUGCGAACUGGGUAUAAAACUUGGACCAGGUAGAAAAUGUGGACUAUGGACUGUGUAUAUAAAAACAUCUUUAGAAAGGUAAAACUGAGAGAAACGGAAAGCGGACUAGUCUCCGCUCCUUGCCUCACACACAAACAUAAUUCCUUUGGCUGGUCAUGUGGUCUAUUCUCCCCAAUCUCGGCGUGGAGUUGGAUGGGCAAGGAAGGAUAUGCUGCUGCUCAAGGUACCUGAAAAUGAAGAGAAUUCAAUUCAUAGUUUUAAACCAAUAGAAAAUAUGAAAUUGAGAGGCACCGAAUAAAAAAAAGUGUUGGUGUUAGUGAGAGUGACGUUCUUAUAGAUGCCACAAUUCCAUUUCACUGAAAGCCUUGGGGAUAUGAGUAAAUGGAGAAGCCAGAUGGUGAAAAAGGCCUCAAACACAGUUUUACAGCUUGAGAUUGCUCUUUGAUUGCUCCAAUGUACAGAUUAGUUGGCAAAUAUCAACUAACUAAUCUGUAGGUUGCAAUGAUUUCCAAAAUUAACUGUAGGCUCUUUGCCAGGAGAAGGAAGAUUAAGUGAGUGCAAUGUAUAAUAAUAACCUUAAAUUGUGGAAAAUUAAACAGUAAAUUGUAGAGGAGAACAGAGAUAAAAAUAAAACACUAACAAUUUACUAAAAUCCAAUAAAUUAACAGGCAUCAAAUCAUGACACCUAAAUAUGAAUAUGUGAACUUUGUUUAUUUGAACAGAAGGAUGAAGAAAUAAAUGUAAAGAAGAUCCUCACAACUUUUGCAGUUGUGAAAAGAAAGCCUGAAAAAAUUCAGGCUUGCCAGGAUUCCAACCCUGACCUCUGCGAUACCAGAGCACUGCACUGGUAUCACAGAGGUCAGUGUCGGAAUCCUCAGGCUGGCAAACCUGAAUUUUUUCAGGCUUUUUUUUUGCCACUGAAAAAGCGAAAUGAUGUCCGAUAAGUACAUUAAGUUUAAGUUUGUGUGGCCUGCAAGGAGUUAUACUUGUACCAAGAUUUUGUAAAUAGCCUAGUAACUGUACCUGUAGUGAUGUGAGAUCACUCCUGAUCCAUACAAAGAAAUUAACAGUUUAGCCUGAAGUCCCUUCUCACUGGCUCACUGGCUAUUAUUUUUAGCAAAAUACUUUACCUAUGUAAUAUAGCAGUAAAUUUAAUUUUAAUUUUAUUGUAAUUUACACACAUUACUUUUUAGCAAGUAUUGAAAUAUUUUUUUGAUUUAAGAAUUACAAUGUCACAAAAUUACGUAGUGUUCAACAUGUACAGUUAGAGUGCAGACUGCAAGUCUGUUCUUCAUUUUAAUACAAGUUAAUAGGUGCAUCGCAAACUGGAAGUUUGGGUGCCUGAAAUAUCCAGGAGCUUCCUCUAUUGGCAGCCCACCCCUUGAAGGGGACUGCUCCUAUGGCUGGCAAAUCCUGGCAACUCAGCCAUGAACCCCCACGUGCAAGGGAGAAAGCAGGCACCCGUCACACUGAGCAAGUCAGUGGAAAUAGGCAAGGGAGGGGGUGGAACCGUCAUAAACUGAGUCCCCACAAUUUUGAGAUGCCAACGCUGAAUAAAUGCUCACUAAAAACUUCCCUAACCUGCCAAAAUGCCAGAACGCUAAAAACUGCAUUAGAACAUGCUACAAUGCACACAACUGCAAGAGCAUGUGGGAUAGUGUUGCAUGCACAAUUCUCACAUCAUCGCUGGCCAGCAAGAUAAGACUUGCUCUCCUUAAUUGUUAACUCUAUUACAUGGCAUUUAACUGCAUUGAAGUGUUGUCCUUGACUGUUAUUGUAAUACAGGGCUGCAAGAAAAACAGGCAGAAAGUGUGGAUCAUCAUUUCUACCUUUUCAAGGUAUAAUUAUCUACAGUGGAACCUUGAUAUCACAAAGGGCCAAGAAGGGACUGUCAAAAUGUGGUUUCUAUAAUGAGGUUUCAUUAUAUCAAGGUUCUUUUCCAUAUGUUAUUUUACUAUUAGUGGGGUAAAGUCAGAAAUAGACCUUCUGCUUAAUACAAUAGUUCUACCUAAUAUUAAUUAUGCAUUAUCUGUCUAUGCCGUGUCAGAGUCCAAUCUUACACCAUCCUGUACAAUGUUUCUUAGACCGCUGUUUUAAAAGGAAAUAUACGUCUAAGCCUGUAAGUGUUUAUGAUUUCUUAAAGAGGCAAGACUGUAAAAUUUUCAGAAAAGUUUGUAAUGCUAAAGGACAUCCACUUUUAUCUGUUAUUCCUCGUGUUAAACUGUCCAGUUACAAUCUUAGGAAAGAAAGUUGUUUGAAACCUAAUAUUAAGACUAUGCAUUUUAAAAACUCUUUUAUUAAUCAUUUAGUUUUUAAAUAUGAAUUAGCUUUGUAAUAUACUAGAUUUUCUCAAUUCUUACUUUUUACCUUUUUAAAAUUUCUUACACUUACUUGUAAAAGAUGUGUAUUUUUAGCUUUUGAUGAAUAGUAUAGUAGUAGUAUCAGUAUUAGUAUCAGAAAACUCACUUGUUUGCUGUGCUCACUCAUUCGUUUUCUGAUACGUAUUAACAAGUGAAUAAAAAUCGUACAUAGCAUUUCCCAUGCUGUAAUGUGUUUAUUUCAUAGGUACUGAGAUUUUUUUUGACUAAUUUGGUAGACAAAUUGCACAAAGGGGGCAAUCAAAAGAGUAAAAAGUAGUCAAUUUGAAAUCGCUCAAUAACAAGCUUAUAAAAUUUAGAACACUUACUGUGUUGUUCAGCCAGAGCAUGUUUAAAAGUGCCUCAGGAUCAGGACUACACAUUGUGAGCAAUCUGGGGGUGGGGGGGUACAGCCAUAUAUGGGCUAUAUAGGUAUGAAGGGUAUGGUUUUCAAGCAGUUUACUCUAGGAUAGGGUAUAUGGAUCAGAGCAUUUGGGUCUAGAAGAGGGUAUCAUUUUUCAAGAAACUGAUCAGUUGGUUGAAGAUUUUAUCUAGACUAGGGAUUGUAUAAGGUUUAGUUUUGGCUAGACUGUGCUAGUGACCUCAGUAGUUUCUAUAAAACAGCUACUGUAAGAUAGGGGGGAUUUGGGGAGUUAACACCAGUAUAGGGUAGCAAAAUUCAGCUAAACUAGCUCUGGUAUAAGUUAAGGGCUCCAGUGUGCCAGCAGGACAACCCCACCAAGAGAUUCCUUAAGUACCCCACCCCCAGGGGCUUAUUCUCUUUUCCUUGCUUCUUUAGCUGUUUCUGCUUGGAUUGAAGAACUUUUCAGGUUAUCCCCAAGACCAGGUUGUUGAUUGUGCUGGCAGAAUAGCCGUUUUUCUUCAAAUGUUGUUCAAAGCUGGUCAUUAAACUUCGCACCGAAGUUGGCUGGUCCUCUUUGCCAUCUUAAGCACGGACGGAGAGGAUAAACUCGCUAAUGUAUUCAUUCAGCUCAGCCGCUGGAAUAUCUUCAAUUUUCCUGUCUUUGUGCUUCAUUUUCAAAAAUGUUUUAAGCAAUAUUACAUGUUGUUCAGUUUUUUGAGUGGUAUUUUUGUUUUCGUGUUCCAAAAUAAAUUCUUCAACCGAGCAAACAGAAGCAAACCUUCCCUCGGCCAUUUUUCAAAGCUUGCUGGUUUUUGUGCAACGGCUCUCAGGUGACAUUCUCUUCAGUACGUUCAUUCAUCAUAAGUGAAAUUUCAUCGUUCGCAUUGGUGAUUGGACAAGCAAUAGUUUUUCACAGUGAAAUUUUAUCAUUCAUGCUCCUGAUUGGCUACGAGCAGAAUCAGUAUGAAUAUUAUUCACAAUGAUUUUCGUGGAUAAAUCUCAGUACCUAUGAAAUAAAAUAUCUUAUUGGAUGGUUUAGUGUGUUUAUAGUAUUGUGGGAUAUUUUUACAAGUUGUUGUAUAAAUAUAUAUAAAUACAAGAGACAAGUAAAAUAUCUCACAAUAAGCACUACACACUAAACUGUCUAAUAAGAGAUUUAUUAUCAAAAGCUACCAUAAAACUGAUUUAAACACAAAAACAAGAAUCAGUUUAUAUCAUACUUUUUUCAUCACAUGGCCUCCACGCGUAACAGCUGCCUACUUCACAUAAUGUACACCCAGCUAACAUGAAACAUGUGACCUAUAUAUACUGUGACAGAACUUUAAAAUGUUUAUGUCAUUAAAAAUCGAAUAUUCAUUCUUCUUCUUUUUUUUUAAGGUUUUUUUUCUUAUUCUCUUUUGUUACUGUUUUUUGUUCACUAGGCCUUAAGAGCUCAUAUCCUUCCUCUAACCAAUGUUGCCUUUAACAAGUCCGGAACCAGGUAACUUUUGUCAUUUAACUGCUGUUAUAUAAUUCAAAGGCUUUCUGGUUGUCAAAAAACUAGUCCAGAGUAAACUUGUUGUAUUGGUUAACACUAGUUAAUAAUAUUAAAAGAUAACCCAGUAAGUUGGUAUUGUAAGUUCUCAAUGAUCUAAACCAUGACAUUUUUUUGUAAAAACAGCAUGUUCUAUACAUAAUUUUGUUCUCAACAAAGCGCGAUGUACUUAUUUACAUUUUUACACCUUACAGUGCCUGCCUUAUAUUCUUCUAGACUACAAUGACUGGUUAAAUGCACCCCAUGACCUUUAGAAUGACACACGCACCAAACACCCCUUGUACACAUAGUAAAAUAUAUUUAAACUGUAUAAAGAAUUUUGUGAAAAGAAGAUUGGGAUUCCUGUGGUACUCAAGGGUGACUUUUUAUGGUACUCAUUUCGUUGUACAUCCGCAUUUUCUGUGCCAUCUUCAAUAAUUUAUCUCGUGGGCACAAAAAUGUUAAAUACAAUUAAUUUGACGUACGGUCUUAGCAAUGGUUUUCUGGCACAAUGGAUAAUGCGUUGCCCUUACACUUUGAAGGUCUCAGGUUCGACUCCUGUCUGGUGAGACUUCUUUCUUUUUUGUGUAGUUGUUUGGUUUUGUUUCUUUUUUAAAAACAUAGGAAGCGUUUUACAGCAUCAGUUUGUUAGGAAAUAAUGUCACAUUUGACAGUAAACCUAAUAUAUAGAUUUAGCCAGGGCUAAAAGCGAAGCUCUGGUUAAUAAUACUUGUAAACAAAAAAAAUUAAAUGUUGUAAUGCUGAAUGGGGAGGGCAAUGAAAAUGGCAUCAAGAUCAAUAGAUCUAUAAAGGGACUUGUCAGAAAUUAGCAGGGGGGGAGGGGGGUGGAAACAGAGGGAGGGUCGCAACUUUUUGAGACUCAGAAAAGGGAAAAAUGGGCCGUUGAAAGGGGGAGGGUCAUGCAAAGAUAUGCCCAUGAUCAUGUAGAGGUUCACCCACAGAAGAAAAAGGAAGUUCUUUAUUUGGUAAAAAAAAAAAACCUGGGAGAAAUAGGAGAGUCAAGUGAUCAGCUGUCAGAAUCAGAGUGGGACUCUUAAUGCUGUCAUCUAAAAUGUAUCUAUAUAGCAUUACAAAGAACAGACUAGAAAUAUAUUUUGAGUUUUCAUAAUACUGACUCACCCUAGUGUAUUGUAAGAACUAGAUUUUAUCAUUUAUACAAGAAGGGGAGGGUAAUGAUAUUUUAGGACAUGCUCAAGGGGAGGGACAGCAAAUUUCACUCCCAUUGCAGGGAUGGGUCACCUCAUUUCCGAACUCAAAUUUGAAAUUACCACCCCCCCCCCUCCCCCCUGCUAAUUUCUAACAAGUCCCUAAUUAGUAAAAAAAAACAAAUUGCACAUGCAGCACACUUUUUUUUUCUAAUUAGCAAAAAAACAAAUUUGCACUUUCAGCACGCUUUUUGUCUUUCUUUGCCAUUGUUUUGCACAACUACAGCGCUGUUUUGUAGGACUAAAACGUCAAACUUCCUAGUUAUACAUUAUUUUAAUGGAGGAAUUGUCGUAUGUGCUUACCCAAUAUUUUGUCUCCUGUGUUCAUGUUCGCUUUUAUUCUUCGCUGCCGCUUAUUUUCACCUUGCUGGCCGCUAGCAUUUUUCAUUGCCUCACAUCCGCUUUGAAUUUUCAUUUUUUUCUUCUCACAAAAUUCGUCGCAUUUGUUUUUAAUCACUCGCUCUAGCUCUUUCUCUCAAAUAACUGCGAAAAAAACAUGACUUUGUUGUUGUUUUUUUCUUUCUAAAAGUCCGGGCGGCCAUACGAAUUCUUUCCGAAUAAAACCUUGAGCUGCAUUUGGGUUGCAAUACCUGUUGAUUGAAUUAUUUUACAUUGGUAUGCCUGUGGUGCGGACGAACGGUCGGGUGGGCGGGCGGUCGGUGUACGUUCACGUGAUUACCAAAUUUUCUCGGAUGGGUAGUUUACCACAUUUCUUUACCCAUGGUGCUCCGCUGCACGCGCUUCGUGCGCGAGAGCUCCGAUAAAAAAGCUCGAACGCAUCUCCUAAUCUGAGAUUACUCCUAGUUGUAACUAUUAGUUUGCUAUUAUGAUGACAGUGCCCAUCUUGUGCUUUAGUUUUAUAACAGGAAGCUAUGACAGAACAUGUAAAGUAUGGGACACUGCAUCAGGAGAGGAGCUCCAUGUACUUGAAGGGCAUAAAAAUGUUGUGUAUGCAAUUGCUUUCAACAAUCCAUAUGGGUAUGUGCAUGAUGGUAUCUUUGCAACUUGAUACAGUCACUAUUGUUCAAAGUUAGUAAUUACUUGCCUGCUUGAUACCCUGUUUUGAGUUCAAGUUUUUCGAUUAACUUGUUAGUACUUGAUUUCUGUAACCGCCAAGAAUCAAUCAUUGUGUAUUCAGUCAUAAAUUGAGAUUCAUGACAUGAAACUCAGUUACAUAAUGUUAUAAUAAUGUUUAAGAAUUCUUCUUCUGUUGGGUGCUGCGAAUUAAAGAAAAACAUGAGAUUAGUAGGUCAGUCUUGCAGGUUUAAGCAUUAACAUUUUUAAUUCAUAGAUUUUCUAGGUAAAGAAGAAACUAAAUGAAUAACAGCUACAAUACAUGUAUUUUCUUCUUAUGACAGUGCCAAAAGCAAAAAACAUUGUCAAGUGAUAAGUUAUGCAAAAAUUAAUUGAUCUGAAAUAAUAUGUGUUUGAAGGAUAUACUGCCUGUGUGAUUAUAAAUCGUAGUUACUAAAACAUGGAACGACCUAAAACCACCUAAAACCAUCUACAACCACCUAAAACCACCUACAACCACCUCAAAAAAUUCAACAACCACCUACAACCAUCUACAACCACCUCAAAAACAUUUACAACCACUCGCAAACAAUCUAAAACCAUCUAAAACAAGGUAUAAAUGUCUGAAAUAGUUUCACACAAAUGUAUGUAGUCCCGCAGAACCCUUUAGUCUAGUGUGAACGUGUCUCACUUGUAGAGCCUGAUUUUAAACAGCUAUUAACCCGUUUACAGUUGCAAGAAUUAGAAAACAUGAUAUUUGAUAAUUCUUUUCAGCAAAAUGAAUCAAAACGUUCUUACCAGUAACGUCCCUUGGCGGGGAGGGAAGACCCGAAUAUGUGAUCUAAAUUUUUCGUUCCGUUUUAGCUCGUAAAGUUCCAGCUACUCUAGCCUGUGCCAGGCUCUCAGAUAGUAUAGUGGGGAUGUAUUUACAACGAGCAAAGCGAAAAUAAGAAGCGCGCAUAUCCCAUCACUCCCUAGAAGAGGGCCGGGGUAAAAGUUGGGUUCCAAAACAUAAUAUAGGUAUAUAAAAAUCCAGCUAAAUUACUUAAAAUACAAUCAUUCACUAUUAAAAUUUCUCAACCCAUUUUUAUUAAUUUCGGCUCGUCUUAACUUGUUUUCUUCUGAAUCCAUUGCAUUAUAGACUUUUUUAAAUAACAUUUUUAACAAUGAUUACACCUACUAGUCUCCGUUUCCUGUGUCGUGACGCAAGGGAGUUUAGCCUUGCGUGAUGACACAGGAAACGGGUGUGAAAGACACUAGGGUUCAUCUAAAGGAGUCACCUGGAAUGUACAAACAUGUUUGGCGGAUGAGAUGCUAAAAAAAUUAACUUGUUCUUAGGAAUGUAAUCCGCCACCUUAGAACAAAACAGCAGUGAAGCAGACUCCGAAAGAGAGAGAAACCCUACACUGUGCCAUUGCGUAAACAAAUGAAACGUGAACCAAAACGUCUCACUGGUACCCAGGGUAGAAAAAGCCAAAUCAAGUCAGUCUAACUCUUUCGACUACGAGUUUGUUAUUUUAUUUUAUUAUUUUUUGUGACUUGAUAGUUCAUUUUGUAAAGUUCUUUAAGUCUUUUAAUAUGCGUAGCAUGAUCUCGCAUUUCAUUUCGUAACUUAAGCCAUUGGUAGAUGAUACAAGGGACCAGGGAGAGUAAGAUUUUAGGGGGAAGUGGAUGUUUUGUUCGAUUCUCGUAUUUCGUGUUCGUGACAUGUUGUCGUCUCGCCUUAUUUCAGACAUUUAUACCUUGUUUUAGAUGGUUUUGGAUUGUUUGUGAGUGGUUGUAGAUGUUUUUGAGGUGGUUGUAGAUGGUUGUUGAAUUUUUUGAGGUGGUUGUAGGUGGUUUUAGGUGGUUGUAGAUGGUUUUAGGUGGUUUUAGGUCGUUCCAUGUUUUAGUAACUACGGAUUAUAAAUCUUUAAGGGAACAUAGAGAACAAUAUCCCCAGCCUAUGAUAGGUGCAAAUUAAAGGUGAUCUCUGAAAGAAUAUACAGUAACGUUUCCAUGAAAUUCAGAUACUCCAACAAAAUUAUUCAUCUGAAAACAUAAAGAAAGCGGCAAAGUGUAAUUACAGCAUGAAAUGACAGACUUCUCUUUGAAAAAUUGCUGAAAAGUGCAUGAAAAUACAUGAUAGAAAUGUCUUCACCAGCUACAAAAGAAGACAGGCAUUGGCAAGGUUCACGGCAUUUCUUGAUGAUCACGAUGGCACUUGUUGAUUUAUAAGCUUAUCUGCAGCCUGUUCAUCUGACAAAAAGGACAUAAACCACAAUUAACUAGCUGCUAAAUACAGUCUAUGAACCCAAUUUCAUAAUGGCAAUCCAGACAUCAGCAUAGCUUCUGGUCUUGUUCAGGAAAACCAGCUGGCGGCCAUAAACAACUCUGUAACAAUAAAGUUUUGCGUGCAUUUUGUCCAUGGUGACAAGGGAAUAGUUUUCCUCUAUUGUUCAGCUAAUGUAAACUAUACACCAGAUAUCCAAAUUAAUUUUGAUUACUGCAACUCUUCUUGUCCUCAUUGUCUGCAGUUAUUCUGCUGUCUAGCAGUGUUUAGGAUCUUAAAUGAGAGAAUCAUCACUGAGUUUUUUUUAAAAGUGUUCAUUUUUUCAUUCAUUCAGUCUAUUCAUAUUGACACAUAAAUGUGGCCAUUAGACAGACAUGUGACCCUUUUCUGUUCUGGUUUGUUUUUAAUAAUUAUUCUAAAUUGAUAAUUAACAAAAUGAUAUUGGGAGGUUUCAGCAAUAUAUUCUGGCCAUUUUUUGAAAACAAUUAUUGGAUAACUAGGGACAUUUUAAUCAACAAUAGUUAUUAAAUGAGCGCAUUUUGGGUAUGGGAUGAAUGUGGUGCUACACAUUGCUUCUUCAUGACACUCUACCAUCUAAUAUCCCAUUUGUGAUGUUGGAUUUUUAAUCUACGUGUUCUUGUUGAUCCCACCUUUGUGUGACAUUUAUUUUAUUUGCUUUACUGUUGCCCCCGUGAUGGAAACUUGGGGAUCAGUUGGUACCCAACAGGGCUGUUGCAGGGUGCAAAGAAAGUCAGUUUUACAGCCUGCUAUUUGGGCAAGCUGUAGCUAGCAUGUACUAGCCCACAAGUCAUUUCAACUAGCCCAAAACCCUUUUAUUAGCAGGAUUGAUUACAAUUCUUCUGUAACUUGAAUUUCCCCAAAACACAGUACUUGCCAGUCGGGCAAGUUAAGAACAAAAAUCACUAGCCGGAUAGCAAAAUCCACUAGCCCCGGGGUAUUGGACACUACUUUCUUUGCAUGCUACUGUUGAUGACUUAGUAAUACAUGUAUGCCAUCUACAGGGACAAAAUUGCAACUGGAUCAUUUGACAAGACCUGUAAGGUAUGAGCACCAGUAAAACAUAAUGAUGUGCCAACGAAGUGAACAAGUGACAGAAUGUGAACUUGCUGUUAGUCUGACUAGUGAAUUUGAACAGUUAAAAAAAAGCAUUCAAUAUCAUGAGUUUUGUAAAUGGACCACCAUUUAUCAAACUGAAAUGUGAUAAUUUAGCUUAAUGAAUUUCCUAAUUCUAUUGUAAUUUAGCUGCGCGGCAGCCAUGAAAUUGUAGAUUAUUUGGCUGAAAUAAACGUGCAUUAGUUAUCAGCGGUGUGUAACGGGGUGAGAAAGACAUUAUUUUAUGUCCUGUUUUUAUGUAUUUAGUUAUGGAGUGCUGAAUCAGGAAAGUGUUAUCAUACCUACAAAGGACACAAUGCUGAAAUAGUAAGUCUUGCAAUAAACUUUUCUUUCCAGUGAGAGUUUCUUUUUCGUUAAUGUUUGGUUCUGUACUCGUGUUGUACAUGUGUACAUACUUUUUGAAGUUCCGGUGAUGAUGCUGACUCUCAACGUGAGUCAAGUUAAUCAGUCCAUGUAACAGCCGGCAUACUAGGCAUGAUUAUGCACUUUGCUGUUGUCAUGAGUUGUUUCCCUUUUAGAGCAGGCUAUGCAACCAAUAAUGUAGGAAAAGUGGUGUCCAAGGCCAAGAAUUUGUUAAACCCUCAUGCCUAUUGUCAAGGGGAUGGCUAACUAACACCCAUUUGUCCCGUAAUUGAUAGUCGGGCUGCAUGGCAGUGUGGGCUGUAGCUUGGCCUUUUGUAAAUUUCUAUCCAAGACAUAUGUGUGCAAAAUUACUCGAUAAUUGGUUGAUACCACAUCACGACAAUCAGCUAUGAAAGAAAAGAUAGUUAGGAAGAUCAUGUUUUCUUCUGCUUGGGGUUUUUUUCCUCAAAAGACGGACCAUAAGAAUUAGUCAGGACUACUCGUAAUCCAUUCAAAAUUUGUUUACCCCUGUAACUUGAUAGGCUUUCUUUUUUACCUCCAUUGGGAUUAGUUCGUGCUUCUAUUUGCUGUUCAAACCGAGUGAGAAGUGUUCGUUUGAACUGGGUCUAUGUGAUAGGGCUGUAACAGAGCUAGUUUUGACAUGCUUUGCGAUGUCAGUUCCUAUGGCAGAGUGGCGAAGUUCUUAUUUGUGGAUAGGUGCGAGUUUGAACCCUGGCAACUAGGUUUUUUUCCUGUUUUCCUACUUCUAUUAUUUUGCCAUGCCUUUUAUUUACUGUAUUAACUACAGUCGACUCCUGACAACUCGAACCUCGCGUGAACUCGAACCAAAAGCGAUUUCCCCUGGAUUUCCUACAUACACUUAAUAUAAUUUUACCCUUGGUAACUCAAACCCUCGAUAACUCUUCGAUAACUCGGACCUCCCGCUAACUCAAAGUAAUUUUUGUUUCCCUUCAGAUCAUUUCUGUAUAAAUUUACCCACGAUAACUCGAACCAUGCUUUAAGCGCCCGACAAGUCGGAAAAAAGUGUGCUGCUGUCCAAAACAUUGAAAUUAUUUUAACAACCAUGUAUUCUUUGUCUUUACUUUUUUGUCAGUCCAGUUUAAAUGCAGUGUCCAUCACUGUGUAUUUAUCCAGUUUUGAAGUGUGCCUGUUACUUGCAUUCAUUCCCUAUCCCAUUUUUUUAUUUCCGGUUAUUUGCUUCGAACUCCCGCUAACUCGGACGUUUUUCGAUUUCCCUAGAAGGUUUGAGUUAUCGUGACUAGUAACAAAAAUUGAUGUUGAAUUGGUCAGGGUGGUGAAAGGAGGAGUGUGAGUAUAAAGUCAUAAAGCAGACAGCAUGUCAUUCACUUCACUCGAUUUCUGGACUGCAGGGUACUGUUAAACUAAGAGCGUAUGUUCUGAUUUGCUCACUCCAAAUCCUUAGAAUUGUGGCCAGUGGACAAAAUGCUCUGAGUGCACGUGAGUGUUCUUCGAAAAAAGCGGUUUAAAUUUCAGUUUAGGGGGAAAUGGGGUGAGUGGUCAAUGGAUUAAAAAGUAGAAAAGACAGUUGGUUGUGGAAUAGAAGUCCUCUGUUAGACUUUCUUGGCUGGUUUUGCAGGUCUGUUUGGCAUUUAACCCACAAAGUACUGUGGUUACCACUGGAAGUAUGGAUACAACUGCAAAACUAUGGGAUGUACAAAAAGGGGCAGAGAUAUCCACAUUAUCAGUGAGUAUAAAUGCUGUUAUAACUUGAGUAUUUGAUCUUCUCUGCAUCUAUUUCUUUCUUCCGUAGGUCAGCUAUGUGAAAUUCAAAUAUUAUUAUUUUAUCUUCCUCUUUCUGGGGUAUAUUAUAAAAUGACCACCUCCCAGUUCGCUUGCUGGCACAACUGGUUAGUAGCGCUGCACCGGCAUCUCAGAAGUCAGGGUUCGAAUUUUUUGGCAACUGCAUAAGUUGCGUAUUUACCUGUGAUGAUCUUGUCUGCAUUAAUUAUUUCUCCAUCCCGCAGUUCAAUUAUAUGAAAUUGUGCAAUUCAUAUAUUCAUUAUUUCAUUAUCCAGUCAGUUAGUCAAUAAUUCAUAAGCUCAUUGACCUAUCAAAUGGCUGAUCAUCAAUCAAUCGAUAAAACCUCUUCCUAAUUAAUAUGCAGUGUUUUAUCAGAUAUAUGAUAAUCUGACCCAGCAAAUAAGGGGUAUAAUUAAUGUUCUUUCAACUAUUUACACAGGUAGUAAUUAAACUUUGUUCUUCCACAAAUUUAAUCAGCCAAAAGUUCAGUGACGCAGCCAUAAAAUUGGCCAUAGAAGUUUCCAAGUGUUGUACUUGUCAGUUGUGAACGAGAGGCGGGGCGAGAGGAAGACGGCAGAGAAAAACUGUCUACAUUCAACCCCUUGAGACUUUUUGAAAUACCCUUUCUAGUCGUUUGUGGCUCAUAUUUGGUACGUGGGUGACAUCAAUGUUAUAUGAAUAGUUGCCUGCUUUACUGCAUGCUAUACUACAUGUGUACACAUUUUAUCGACCAGUAAGGAAUGAUGUUUGCUCUGUCCACUGGCGAAAGAAGUUUCAAAACCCAAGUUUUUCUCUCUGCCUUCUUUCCCUUGAACUCUCCUCCUCGUUUUCUUUGAUCUCAGUUUGUAUCUUUUACCUCACGAAACACACGUGAAAAACGCAGCCACAAAUAACCUGCCCUCAUUUCGCUUUUUGCCAAAGGAGUUGACAGUUUUUAAACACCAAUGUUUUUCUAAAUAUCCUUCAAGCAUGUGGAUGAAAAAAGGAAAGUUUAAGUUGUCUUUUUUAUUCACAGGGUCACUCAGCAGAGAUCAUUUCUUGUUCAUUUAAUACAAAUGGGGAUCAACUGCUAACAGGGUCAUUUGAUCAUACUGUUAGUGUGUGGGAUACAAGAACUGGCAGGUAAGAAACACUUGCGGAUGCUCUUUGAAAUAGAAUUUUGUAGGGUAAAGUAACAUGAAUCAUGAACUACCACACGCAACAAAUGUGCAUAAACAUAUGCCUACAGGAAAUGAAUUAUUAUAAUCUGAAAAACCUGGUCAAGACAACGUCUGUAUCUGACUAUCACAUAUCCGAUCACUGGACUGUUACUUGCUUGUCAAACCUCGACAAGCCUAGUGUAACUAGGAAGACAGUGACAUUUAAGAAAACUAAGGGCGUUGACCUGGCAGCCCUGUCUAAUGAACUUUCUUCCUCGGACUUAUGCAAGUUUCCUCCCGACACUCUUGGCUAGCUUGUUAUUGCUACAACACUACACUUUCGUCUACUUUUCCCCGUCAUGCUGCACUCGUAACAAGGACUAUCCCAUCUCGGCCUCUGGUGCCGUAGUUCAAUGACGAUAUAAAGGAGGCAAGGAGACAAAGGCGGAGAGGAGAUAGCGCCGCACAGGCCUGGCGGCCGAUUUACGAGCGUUCAAGGAUCUCAGAAACAAAUCAAACAACCUCAUGAAUGUUACACGCAGGGUGUUUUACAAAGACCUCGUUGACGAGAUCAGUGGCGACCAGAAGAAGCUUUUCUCGGUAACGAAGAGACUUCUUAGCGUGGAGCGAGAUACUCAAUAUCCUCCUUUUAAUGACAAGGUUGUACUUGCUAAUAAGUUUGGUGAUUUUUUCGCUCAGAAGAGUGUGGUCAUACAAAACAAGCUUGAUAACAUGGCUACGACAGUGUCGCCUGGUAGUGAGAAGUGUUUAGCGGACUCACCUGUUGUGCAACCUAUGGAUGGUUUCAGAGUGUUGAAUGAGUCACAAGCCCAAAAAAACUCAUUGAGGCCACGCCUAAGAAAUCCUGCACACUUGACCCAAUGCCUACGCCUCUUGUUGUCGGCUGCAUUGAUAUUCUGUUGUCUGUUAUCACCAAGAUCGUUAAUCUUUCUCUACAGACGGGCUCAUUUGCUGAUCAAUGUAAGUGUGCGCUAGUUUAUCCUUUGCUGAAGAAGCUUGGACUUUAGAUCAGUCAGCAAUCUGCAGGACUUCUCUAAGCUCACCGAAAAGGUUGCAUUUAGUCGCACGAGCACAUGGUCGUCAGUGAAAUCUAUCCUGAUCUGCAAUCGUCCUAUCGUCAACAUCACAGAACUGAAACGGCCUGGCUCAAAGAUAUGAACGACGUCCUUUUGAAAAUGAACCCGCAGCAUGUGACCCUGAUGGUCCUGUUGGAUCUAAGUGCAGCAUUUGGCACAGUUGAUCAUGAUAUCUUGUUGGAGCGACUGCACAGGGAUGUCGGUAUACGUGGGAAAGUGCUCGACUCUUUCAGCUCAUAUCUGUCGAAUCGGAGCCAGCAAGUGUCCAUCGAUGGGUCGCUUUCUAGACAGUUCUUACUUAGCUGUGGCGUACCUCAGGGUUCUUGUCUGGGACCCUUGCUGUUCGUCAUUUUUUAAGGUUAUCGAGCGUCACCUCCCGCAAGUUCGUUGUUUCGUUGACGACACGCAGCUGUACCCCAGUUUCAGAGCAGAUGACGAUAACGCAAAAGAUGUGGCGUUGCGUGCUAUGGAGGCGUGCGUACGUGACUGACGGAAAUGGCUGAUUGGUGGAAGGUUGUAACCUGAGAUCAGGCCCAAUUUUAGCGGUUCUCAUACAUUCUCUCUAACGGUUACCACUAAAUCUGUUUUCGUUUCGCCUUGCGCGCCGGGAUGUUAUUGCAAAGCGAAACGAAAACUGAACCUGAUCUCAGGUUAGGAAGGUUGCUACUAAAUGACGAUAAAUCUAAAUUUCUCGUCAUCAGGACUAGACAGCAGCUAAAUAAACUUGGCGGUGUUGGCCACUUGAGUCUGCAAGUUGGUGAUCAUAAUAUUGAUCCUUCGUUAAAUGCUAGAAACUUGGGGGCCAUUAUUGACAAUUCACUAAGCAUGAACAACCAUAUUAAGCAAAUAUGUAAAUCCUGCUUCUAUCAUUUUCAUAACAUCCGUCGAAUUUCAAAAUUUUUGUCAAAGGAAUGCCUUCAGACAUUAGUUCAUGCUUUUGUGACCUGAAGACUAGACUACUGUAACAGUUUACUUUCUGGGCUGCCCAAAUAUCAGAUUUUUAAACUACAACGUGUCCAGAAUACCGCGAAAAGACUUAUUUCGAACGCUAGAAAGUACGACCUAAUUUCUUCAGUUUUCUCUAAUCUUCAUUGGUUGCCAGUGUUUUAUCGUACCCAUCAUAAAAUUUUAAUUAUUAUUUUUAAGGCUAUUCAUGGCAUGUCACCUAGCUACAUCAGCGAUUUUGUUAGCAUUAGGACCUGUUCUUCAUAUUUAUUAAGAUCGCAUCACUCUAUUGUUUUUGAACAUCCUAAUGGGCGUGUGUUGGCAACUUUAGGCGCUAGAUCGUUUUCCGCUGCCGCUCUAGUACAUUGUGGAACAGCCUUCCUGCUCAUAUCCGUGAUAUCCGAUCACUGUACGCUCUUAAGAGACAAGUCAAAAGAUAUCUUUUUACAUUAGCUUUUACGUAGUUUUUUUUUAGCUUUCACUCAUUUUAUCUUAUUUAUGUAUUUUUUUAGCAUUUUUACUUUGUAUCGGUUUUAUCCAUCAUGGAUUCAUUUUAUAAAUUUUAAUUAGUAUGACUGUAAAGCGCUUUUGAUCGUUUAUAUGUUAAAAGGCGGUAUAGUAAAUUUAUAAAUUAUUAAAUUAUUGUUAUUAAUAAUUAAUUGUAAUAGUGAUUACAGUCUUAUUAUUCUGUGUACUGCACUCGAUCUUUUUUGUAAUGCAACGUGCAUAAUGGUUGGUAUGAACAUGAUGUUCUGGGAGUGGCUGGUGACAAAGUGGUUGAGUGGAUAUAUUAUUCAUUGUCCUUAGUUUCCUUUGAUCUGUGAAACUAAAUUAUAGCUUACAUGUGUAAUAUUGUGCAUAAGUUAAUGAAGACUGUCUAUUCCCAUCACAGUAUUUGACCUUUUCAGUCCAUCUUGAGCUUUUUUUGUCUCAAGUUAGCAUCGUUCAGCCACCCUUGCAUGUAACCAACUUGGUCACAUAUCACUUCAACUUAACAACAGGCAGACAAGUUGCUCAUUUCUUGUCUCACUUAUUUUCAAAAAGCAAAAGUUGAAGAAAUAUGGUUUCAAUAGUCAAGGUUUAAUUUUUCGUGGCCCCCUUUUUUCUGCGAAGUUGCUGUUUGUGUUACAGUCAGAUCUCAACACGACUUACUGCUGAGUUCCUCGAGGAAUAAAUUCACGCUUUUGUACUAAAACUCGGUAACAGAUGUUUCUAUUGGUUUCCGUCCGCCAUGUUGGUGCCCAUCCAGGUGGGCACCAGCAUGGCGUCUUCAUACAACUCUCUAUAAAUUUUGGUAAAACAUUUCUUCGGAUAUCUCGUAUACGGAAUAUUCUUUUGGCCUGAAUCUUGGCGAGGGUCUUCGUAUAUUUACCUCCGAUCAUUUCCCAGAUUCCGGACUUUAUCUAUUGAACGGUUUUGAUUUUUAUUUUGAUCUAUUGAAUGGCGUGACAGUGAAAACCAGCAAUUCAGAUAGAAUUUGCACAACGCAGUUGCUGUAGACAUUCCAUAACAAUUGUGGUUUAUCAUGGUGUUUAAUGAUAAGUUGGGGCAAGUGAAGCAAUUUUCUGACGAUAUGCUGCUUUUUAACGCCCAGGUUACUUUGUCAUUUGUUUUAGGGAGUUAAAACACAACUACUCUAUUUUAUAUAUUUUGGUGCUUUUAAAGUUUUAAAAUAUGAUUUAUGAUAAGGAGGGCAAGCAUCACAAUGAUAAAUGACUGAAGGAUACGUAAAACUCCGUAAGAGUAUUGAAUACUGAUGAUUGAUGAUUUGUUUUCAGGCGAGUGCACACUCUUAUUGGUCACAGAGGAGAAAUCUCCAAUGCUCAAUUUAACUUUGAUAGUUCAUUCAUUGUCACCGGAUCAAUGGUAGGUUGUGGUGUUGUGGUUGUGGUUGCAAAUGUCUAUUUCUAUAACUAUACCCUCACUACAUGAAUGAAUGAUGGGAAGAGAAAGUGUGAUAGGAUGGCUAGGGAAUUUAAUCACAUUUCAAGAAAUCAAUACAAAUACAAAUGACUUUAUUGAUUCUCUAACAAACAGGUCUUCAGAAUCAGUUUACAAACUAUUGAAAUUACAAUAAGGGAUAAAAAAUUAAUAUUUAUUCAUUUGUACAGCGCAAAUUCAACAAUUAGGUUUUCAAAUGCGCGUAACAAGGAAAUAUUGAAAUUAUAUAUAUAGAAAGAAAAUUAACACUAGUAAAUACAAUGCUAAAAUACAAUUAACUAUGUAACAGGAUAAAAACCAGUAUUUAAACUAACGAUGUAAUGCUAGUAAAAUAUAAAAUAAAAUAUAAAAAUAACAACUUCCUAUUUAUAAACUUUGUACAAAAAGAACUGUUUUCAAUUUUUAUUUAAUUGAAGUAAAAUCGCUGAUAAUUCUUAUGUCAUAGGCUAAAUCAUUCCAUAGCUUCGGAGCAGCAACCACAAAGGCUCUGUCGCCACGUCUUGUCUUGACACUUGGUUGUGACAAGAGAAACUUAUUGUUAGAUCUAAGGUGGCACAUAGUCCUUGUCUUGAAGGUUAUCAGAUCUGAGAGGUAUUUCGGCGCCAUAUUAUAGAUAGCCUUGAAAGUAAUAGUAAGGAUCUUGAAUAUAAUUCUAAACCUAACCAGAAACCAGAGUGUAAUUCAAACAACAGCAGCGUUAUGUGGCAGAACUUUGGAGCACGGUAUACCACUCUUGCGGCCGCGUUCUGAACACGCUGAGGUUUUUCUAUUGAGUUUCUGCAGAAACUCAUAAGGGCCAUAGAGUGCAAAAUGUACCGGAAAAUUCAGCAAAAUCUUCGCUGACUUUGGUUGCAUUUCAAAACAGACCAUGGGCUCCGCCGUGAAGAAAACAAGGUUGAAUUCCUCGAAGAACGAUUUCUUGGUGAAAAGCUUCCCUUUCUCCAAAGAAAGCUGAGCAUUCUUUUGAACUUUCUCUUUCCAUUUUUUGUCUUUUAACGGUAUAUUUUUAACCUUGAAAUGCAGAACUCUUGUCUUAAAACAUCUGCAUGGUGAUCGCUCAGCAGCCAUUUUGUUGAAAAUGGAUAUCCGUCACUAAGAUUUCCAAAUACGGUCAAAAUGAAUAUUCACAAGCAUUGAACGCGAGUUACACGUUUCAACCCCUUAUGGGUUUCUGGUUUCUGGUAAUUCCAUAUAGCAGACUGUUGCAAUAGUCAGUCUGCUGGUGACAAACGCGAGUAAGCUCUUUUACAAGUUCUGGUAACGUGUGAGCACAUACUAAAAGUGUUAUCAAACCUAAGUUUCUAAUGGCUUCGUCGUUUCGAUUGAUCAGUGAUUCACCCAGUCAGGCUGUAGAUCUCUACACAAAGGAGUUCUGAGCAAGGGCGGUAGGAACUUGUAGCUUGACACUGUUAUUUGUAAGUCUGUUGUGAAUGUCAGAUCUCUUAACAACUAAUUGCCGUAGAUAUGUCGGAACUAGGUCAUAGAAGAAGUGAAACAAAAAAACUAUACAGAAAGUUUUGGAAUUUUACAGACACACUUUGAUUCUAACUUUUUUCGAAAACCUUUUAACAAUAUUAAAGAUGUGCACUGGAAAGGCUUAUUGAGAGCCAUGGUAAGCUCCAAGCGUACGGAUGCAUCAAAAUCAGAAGACAGGGGUUGUUGAUCUCAGCAUGCUUUUUUAAUGCUGAUACAGUCAGACCUCGUUAAUACGGACAUUGAGGGGUCCGUAGAAAGUGUCCGUAUUAACGAGGUGUCCGUAUUAAGCGGGGUGAAUUAAGAGAAAAUGAAAGGGGUUUUUUUCCCUAGGGACAAAGCAAACUGUCCGUAAACGGGGUUCGACUGUAGUAAAUAUUAUGAUUUAUAAUGUUAGAAUGUGUGCGCAGGUAAGGUCAUGGGGCUCUUUACUAGAUUUAUCGUCUAUCUUGUUAAUAUAAAUCUAUUAAUUUGUAAACGAAACAACAUCUUUACAAACUGCUUUUUCUUACAUGUUUUCCUUGUCCACUUUAAUUGUAGGACAAGACGUGUAAAAUUUGGGACUCCAGGACAGGACAGUGCAUCGGUACAUUAAGGUAUCACGUGUGCAGAUAUUUACUAACAAUUAAUGAAUGAGGCUGAGUAUCUUAUGAAGAAUUAUGGAGAUCGAGGAGGGUGUUAUCCGUCGAGGCCGUACGAAAGCUGAAUUCAAUAAUUGUUUUAUUAUUAAUGCAAAAUAAUUCCUAGUUUAAAAACAAAGCUAAAACAUGCUUACCUCCAUCGAUGUUAAGUUCGCCUUCGAUAAUGCACGUUUAGGGUUGUUCAGCUCCGCAAAUAUUUUCCGAAUAGCAGAUGUCGCCCUUCGAGUUGUUUUCUUGCUGUUCUUGCCAUGUUUUUAGCUAUAAUUCCGUCUAGUUCUUACUCUUGAAACGAGUGAAAUGUCCACCAUUUUUUGUUUUCACGACCAAAAGAAUUCAACCUCGUCCCCAGGUCUUCUCGGUCAACGGUGCAUUAACCUGCAAAACCGCUGCAUUUUUGACGUCAUUUCCUCGUUAAACACAAAAUUCUUCCAAAUUUGGUCAUCAGUAACUAGUUAUGGUGAAUUAUGCGUGUGCUUUUAGCCAACCAGAAUCUGGGAAAUAUUUUGAAUGAAUAAUAAAGUGUCUUAAUGAAUUCUGUUAACAAUUCUUAGAAGGUUCAAAGAGUUCUUGUAGGUAACAACUUAAAAUUUUUACACAAUACAUAUAAUGCGCUUGUGCAAUUAACACAAGCAAAAUAACAUAAGGCACCCAUGCUAAAAAGGUAAGAGAAAGAGUAAGAAGGGACGAAAAAAUCAAAAUGUUUUGGCUAAUUCUUCAUAACCAACCGGCGCUGACCAAAUCUGGAAGAUGCGAGCAAUAUACCAUCGACUCGAGGGUAUAUUUCAUUUGAAACGAGGUUGAUCGAUGGUAUAGUUCAUUGGAGACGAGGCUGCAUGAGCAAACUUCUUUUCCAGGCGCGCGGAAAGUUGAUUGUAUUAAAGCGGUAACUGUGUUCGCCGCUAGUUGUCUGAUUGCUCAUUUUCUUCGAACGAUGCUUUGGCUCUCUUCUAGCCUAGCCUUCUCUCUCUUCUAGCCUAUCAUUUUGAACAUUAAAUGCGACCAACAUUUUGUGGAGCCAGUUCUACGGUCACGAUUGCCCCCAAACUUGAAGAUAUGAAACUAGGGAGCUCUGGGGCUAUUUUUAUUUUUGUUGUAGGGGGGAAUCUGCCGUGGGAUUUCGGAGUUAUUUGCAUUUUUGUAAAAACGAGGUUUUCAAUAGAGACCGAUAUCUAAAACUCUUUUGUACCUACAAGAAAAUCAAUAACAUUUUCUUAAAAUUCAAUCAUUCUUUAUUAAAGAUGCCAAAAAUCGUAGACAUUGGUUAAAUCUUUCCCCCCUAAAAACACUAUUCAAAAACAUGACCAACACGCAUGUAAAUAGGCAUGAAAUGCAAAAGAGUCAAUGACCCCAGUCUGGUCUUGGUCUUUAUGGCAGUCCUUUGAAGUCGCCUUUCUGCGAGUGUUGUUCAUAUUAUUACCUAAUGAUGACUGUAGUUAUUCUCAAAGUUUCGUCGGCCAUUGAGAAAAAACCGAAAAAGUUAUGACAAAAAGUUCUUCCAGGACAGGAUAGUACAUCGGUACAUUAAGGUAUCACGCGUGCAGAUGUAGUGUCUUAAUGAAUUCCGUUAACAAUUCUUAGAAGGUUCAAAGAGGUCUUGUAGGUAACAACCCAACAUUUUGACACAAUACAUGUAAUGCCAUUGAGUAAAAACCGAAAAAGUUAUGACAAAAAGUUCUCCAUAGUUCAAUGUGCCUGGUGACUGCAACAUUGAGCAGGAAUAAAUUUUAUCUCCACUAAUUGUUCGCAGUUGGUACGCAGGUACAGGUAAAGAAUUUUUCAAAAAUAAUUAUGAAAAACGUUUACAUCGAAAUUCUUUGAAACUGAAAAAAUGUUGAUAUUAAUUUCUUAGUGGCUCCUGAAUGAACAUCAUUACUUAAUAUUUUUAUAGCUGAAGUAGCUAUGUUCACAAUACGUACUUAGGUGUAAUUGAGGAUUUCCGUUUUUUGCAGAGGUCAUGAUGAUGAAGUGUUAGAUGUAUGUUUUGAUUUUACUGGUCAAUAUGUUGCUACAGCAUCAGCAGAUGGUAAGAAGUAGAAGCACUACCUGCCUAGCUCACUCUAGGGCCGCGGCAUUUGUUAUACCGUAUUCCGGAAUAAGAACAAGAGGAAUAAACUCUAGAAAUCACUUGCUAAGGCAUUCAUUGCAUCGUAACGUCUGCAAAUUGUUGAAAUACAGUAUGAAGAAAUCUGAAGCAUUCCAGUGGUCGUAAAAUUUCGGGAAAAGAGAUUUAAUAGAAAAUUAAACUCUUUUUAUCCCGAAUAUGCUCAAUGUAAUGCACUGUAAGAUAAGCUCCACCCCCGACUUUGAAAUGUGCCUUGCGAAAAAAAAUAUGAAUGAAAGAAAUAUUCUUUGCAGAGGUAACAAGGAUUCUUGCCAUUAAUAUAACCUGAACGCUGAAUUCGAGUGUAACCAUGGCGUUCGUACCAAUUUGUCAAAACGCUUGUGCCUUUGUAAUCUUUUUACCUCCAUAUAGAAAAUUGUAUAAAAAAUUAAAAAAACUUAGUAGCAAAUGUUUUGGGCUCUUCCGCGUCAUCUUGGGCUUGUGUGAUUAAACAUAAACUUGUGUCUUUAAACAUGAGUGAGUUUGUGGUUCAGUUAUUCUGUAAGCCCUGUACUUACUGUGAUAAUGGGCGUGUACUUCCAGAAUGACCAGAUAUAUAAUAACAAAUUAACAAAUACUGAGCUUUGCUGAUCGUACACACAUGCUUUUAUUAUUACUACAAGGACGUUUACAGUUUAAUAUAGAGGAAGCCCGUCGAGAUGAGUAACUACUCGAUAAUAUUUACUCUUUGGGGUAAGUUGGUUAUAAACCUUGAAAAAACAAGACUAAAAUAAAUUAAAUAUGUGGUCUUUACUUGUUUCUCAAGGUACAGGGAGAGUGUAUAAUGCACUUACACAUCACUGUGUUUCAAAAUUGGAAGGUCACGAAGGAGAAAUUUCUAAGGUAAGUUGUAAUUAUAACGUCAGUUUCGUUAACAUUUUGUUUUUUUAUUGUUUGGAAGUUUUUCUUUUUAGAAGUAAAUAGGAAAGCAACAGUUGAGUUCUAUAGCGUGUCUCAGACCAGCGUUCAGUUAGUGGGCAUGGAGGGCCGCUGUUCAUUUGGCGGCGCCACUCUCCACUAUCAGAACGCUCGCCUGUGACUUGUUUUUAUCAGCUGUCAGCCGUGAUUUUAUCUAGCAUCUAAUGCCUGUGGUGUUCUAAUGACAGUAAGUGAUCUUCAAACCCACUUGAACUUUUCAUCCUUUUCUUAGAUAACAUUUAGUCCUCAGGGUACCAGAUGCCUUACAGCCAGUAGUGACAAGACAGCAAGACUUUGGGACCCAUUUUCUGGAAAGUGUGUUCAGGUAUAAAGAAGAGGCAAAUGUUUGUUUCGGACUGUAAACUGUGUAAAUUACGAAAUUUCAUUGGCUCGUUAAAUGUAUAUCCUUCAUCCAAUCUUGUUUCACGGUCAUUUUCUUGGGUUGCUCUUUAAAAACUUUGUAUAAGUUUAGAACUUGUACAGUACAUUGUAUAGAUAUCAACAUGAAAGUGCAAGUCGUGACGCACGAAUAACUGAACCGUCACUGUAUUGAUGGUAGUCUAUACUUCGAUCACUAAGUUUUGAUUUCGUCAAACACGUUUGAAAAAUGCACUUGCCUUGAUGCAUUUUCUUUUCAUCUGAUAGGUACUUGAAGGUCACACAGAUGAAAUCUUUAGCUGUGCAUUUAAUUAUGAAGGAAAUAUAGUAAUCACAGGUAACAGUUAUCCGGUUUUUCUGCAUCAUUGCAUGUGUUUUCUUAUUCACUCCACUCGGACUAUAACUCGCGGAACCCUGUUCAUAACCUGCAUAGCCCCAACAGGCGUUAUUGAUUAUUGAGGGUGCUCAGUAGGUGCCGGGCUUUAGGAGUGAAAGCGAAGUGCAAAACAGCUCAGGCUUCUAAGCGCGCUCCAGACCAAAGUAAAUAUCCAUCGAAUUACGUCUGUCUGUCGUAAGAAAUCCAAGCCAACAAAGCGUAGAUAAAAAACUUAACGCUAUUGCUGUUUUUCAAAGUGGCUGGUGUGUUUGUUGUGUUUUGCCCUCUAAUUAUCACACAAAUCGAGUCGAUCGUGUGAAAAUUAACAUCAUUUCAGCGCGAGCUUCGUAUUGUCGCAUUUAAAUAUACAGCUAUUUCGAGAAAGGUUGUCGGAAAGCAUGUGCACGCGACAAUCCCGAAAAGUAAUAUGGGAUAUGAUCAAUACACUGUUCCUGACACUGUAGCUGUCGAACCUACUUUUGCUGCUUUCCUUUAGCACUCGCAGACGUAUGUCCACGGCCUCAGCUGACGGCCUCUCCUGCCAUUCUUUCAAAUUUCUUUGAAAAACACAAACUGAAAACAGUGAGCUCAAAACCACCCACAAUACCUUUCGGGUUUGUCGCGUACACUUUUUCCGACAACCUUUCUCGAAAUAGCUGUAUAUAGUCCAGCGACGCUGAGCUACGAAAAUUUUACCGUGUGCAGAUCUGUUGUGUUUCACACACAAGUUGAUCUCAUUUAAUUUUCUAAAGGCCUUUCUAUUUUCAUGUCUUUUAGUGAUUCACCGCAGUCUGUUCUUUUAUACUCGCUCUAAGAACUUAUCUGCUGUUUUCUGGAAAAAUGAAAGUUUAACUCUGAUCAUAUUUUCGGAUACUGAUCAUAGUACAGUGUAGGUGACUGAAUAGUGAGUCUGGUGAAGUUUUUUUCUCAUGUGUUAUCCCGUUCUAUUUUCCAAUAGGUAGCAAAGAUAACACCUGUCGACUCUGGAGAUAAAACUGAUCGUGUGUAGAAACAAACCAGACAAAGCAAAGUGGAACGCUUAAGAUACGCGGAACGAUGGCAAGAACUGCGUUAUUACCGUGAAGCGUGUGUGUGGACAUUGUCCUAGUCUGUCAGCUAUCAGAGUUAUUAUAUCAAUUAGUGAUUUAUAAUCUGUUGUUAAUAAAGUGCCUCAGAGUUUUGCCUCUGCGUUAUUCGUACAGAAAACUCAUUUCCAAGAUCAAUUAUUGCGGAGAUGUCAAUAACCUAUUGUGAUCUGUUCAGCCUGCAUAGCAGGUGUUAUAAUUGACAGGCCACUACUCAGGGCUGUACUGAUGAGCGCGUUAUUAGCGUGAAGUUGACUCGGUUAGACGUCAUCAGAUUCAUUUACACAUUCUUGCAUAGGUAAUGACAGUGGUUUUUAUUCAAGGACGUUUUACCAAACUUUUACAAAAGUUCUGUCAAGAGAGAUUUUUUUUUGUGAACCAAAUUAUCCCAC